AUGAAGACAUGUAAACUCAAAUGUUGUCUAUUCCUAAUAUUCUGCAACUUGAAGGAUAAGCUAUUGGGAUGGUUUGUAUUUAAACCAAUUAACCCUACCUAUCAAUUUUAGGAAUAAGAUCUACAGAAUUCAAACUUAUAGGAAUGUUCAAUUUAAAGUGAAUAAUUUUCAAUCAAUUUAAUUAAAUCUUCUAGCUUAAGUCUCGAAGAUAAAUUAUUAAGUAAUAAGCAUUCUCUAAUAAAAUCCCAAAAAACUAAACUAUCAUUUUAUUCUAUCCAAUUAAGAUAGAAUAUUAAUAAGGAAUGGCCAAAUGAUUUGGAAAUAGAGGGUUUAUAUUUAGAUACCAAAAAUGGAAGAUUGGCUCUAGCUCUAAUAAAGCCAAUUAAAUAUGAAACGAAAAUGGUUUUGAUUCAUUCGCAUUCAAAUCAUCCAGAUAUUGGAUGUUGCAUUGAUGAAUACAUUGAUUUUUGCAAUAAAUUCAAAAUAAUGGUAAUCGGAUACGACUAUCCUGGAUAUGGGCUUAGUCAAGGUGUUACGAGUUAAGACAGUAUAUUCAAUGCUAUUGAAUGUGUUUAUCAUUUUGUAUUGUCUCUUGGAUUUUAGAACUCUUAAAUAAUAUUAUAUGGCCAAUCAUUAGGAACCAGUCCUUCGUUAUAUCUAGCAAGUUAAGUUAAAAUAGGGGGAGUUAUUAUCAAGUCCAGUUUUAAAUCUAUUCUUAGUAUAAUUUCAAAUCAUUAACAACUUCAUAAAUCUGAUAUUUUUAGGAAUUAUGAAAUGAUUGAAAACGUCAUGUCACCAGUGUUGAUAAUCCAUGGAAAAUUAGAUAAAUUAGUUGAUAUUAAAUAAAUUAUGGAGUUGAGUCAGAGAGCUAAAAACUUGAUAGAGAUCUUUAUUAUUGAUGAUGGAAAUCAUAAUGAUUUUGGAUCGCAAUCAAAGGAAUUCAAUGAGAAAAUGUAAAAUUUUAUUAAUAUAUUACAAACACUUUGA